AUGCAACUCCAGCCAGGUGUCGUAUCUGCGCCACUGGUCUGUCGCUUGAAGCGCGUUGGCAUGGAAAACCCACCCCCUUACGAAGCCCUUUCAUAUGCAUGGGGCCAAUCAACAGAUGUUUUCACCAUUUGCCAAGAACCUGAAAUGUCCGAUACUACUGGUACUUUGAGGAAGGUUUCCACAAUCACCAGAGGACUCUAUGAGGCUCUCAUACAGCUCCGUCAUAAGACCAAGUCAAGAAUCCUGUGGGUUGAUGCAAUUUGUAUCGACCAAGAAAACUUGAAGGAACGUGGAGAGCAGGUCAAGAUCAUGAGACAGAUCUAUGCCCAUGCAGCACGAGUCCUAGUCUGGCUCGGUCCGGCAGAUGAUGAAACUGCUGUAGCUCUGCAAGAGAUCGCCAGGCUGAAGAACCAUGUUGCCUCUCGAGGCUUGUCACUCGAAUUCCUCAAGGCGAUGACGGACGAAGGACCUGAGUUCAGAAUGCUUGGGCUCACGAAAUACAUACUUGACGAGAAGACUUUCGUUAUUCUGCGGCGCAUCUAUUGUCGCCCAUGGUUCCAACGCAUUUGGGUAGUCCAAGAAGUCACAGCUGGCGGCUCGUCCAGUGAGGUUCAUAUAGGGCCUCACGUCAUUCCUUGGGACGACUUAGGUAUGGUGAGUCUGGGGCUUCAAGUCAUGCUCUGGAGUUCGCCAGUACCCAUGUACAUCGAAGGCCCUGGACUGAGAAAUGCGCUCGUCAUGUGGCAGGGCCGGCUGUUCGCAAAGAAGACGCCACCGACGUUGUUAGACGAGGCGCGGAAAUACCUCGCCACAGAUCCUCGAGAUAUGGUUUACGCGUUGUAUGGCUUCCCGGCAUUUCAGGAGCUGUUCCGGAGAUUUGGGUUCAAGCCAGAUUAUACCAUCCAGGAGCGUGAGCUAUAUGAACGGGUGACACGAUUGACGAUCGAAAGUUCCCAGACGCUCGAAAUUUUACACUACGUCGAUAACCCAGAACUACCGGCAGAGGAAUCAGAGUGGCCAUUCUGGGUACCAAGAUGGAACCGACCCACCCUCUAUUGGAGUUUUCCUUUGCAAGAUUACGCCGUCUAUAGCAAAAAGACUCAGGGCCUGCUUUCGGUCUUGGAAGGACCGCAAGGAAAUUUACUUCGAUUGAAGGGCGUCAUUGUAGGUCGCAUAACCGAAGUCGCGCAAUGUAUCAAUUGGAAGCCAGCCGACAAAGAACCAAUGAUACAGAAUAUCGAAGCUCUAACGCAAUUCUGGGAUGCGAUAUCAAUGCACCCAGAUUCACUGCCUGACUCCAAGGAGGACAAAUUCGUUGGCCUAGCACAAGCACUAACGGCAGGCCUCGACUCCGACUCCAAUUCUGCUGCCAAAAGCUCCGCCCGUCAUGCAGCAGAUGCUGUUGAUUUCUUACUCCACAACUUCACCACAACUUUGGCUUCCAGUCAAGUUCGACUCUCAGCCCUGUUCGUUCACCUCCAAGUCCUUCGGGGUGCCUUUUCCCAUGGAGAUCGCCUUCGGUAUGAACAAAUUAUAGUCUGGUUUGUGCAAACCGUCGCCUAUACCAUACCAAUAGAGGACUUUUCGGACUUGGUCCGGUUCUGGUACAACCAGACGUAA